UGAGGGCAUGGAUGCGAUUGGCUUUAAUGAACAAACGACUCUCCGAUUAUUUUCGACUCCUAUUAGAAAACCGAGAAAUUAUUUUAAAAGACUAUUACGAAGAGAUGUCAAUAAUGAUGUCCGACGAAGCGGUCAUUAUUGGUGGACUACUCGUUGGCCUUAAUAUUCUUGAUUGCAAUCUAUUCGUCAAAGAGGAGAACUUGGAUUCCGACGACACUGUUAUUGAUCUGAGCUUUUAUUUAAGAGAUAACAUCCAAACGGAUCCGUUUGAACCCGAAUGGAGGAAUCAUAACGAGACCAACAAUGAAUGUUCCACAAUUUCAAACUUAGAGCACAAGAUAGAAACCCUUCAAACAGACAACACUCUUAUGUCCGAAGAACUGGAAGUUUAUAGGAAUGUCGACAAGAAUUUUGAAAUCAUUAAAACAAUCCCAGAAAUGGAUUCAAUUAAACAAUCAAAGGAAGAGUUCUCCCAAUUGGAAGAGCAGCUCAAACAAGAAGUGAAACGACGAGAGUUGGCGGAGAAAGAGCUGGAGAGUCAACUGUUCCUUAAGGGCGAGUGCGAGACAGCCAUGCAUUUGCUUGAAAGGGAUGUUCUCGAGAAACAGGACUCUGUUAUCACUUUGAGACGACAACUCGAAGACAUUAAGACUAUUAACCUUCAAAUGUAUUCUAAAUUACAAGAAUGCGAGACUUCUAUUAAGAAUAAAGUCAAUCAUAUCUCGCAUUUGGAGCAAAACAUCUCAACGAUGGCUAACACUAUCUCACAGCUUGAGUCCAAAGUAACAAAUUAUGAGAAACUGCGCGCAAAUGACGAACAAAAUCAGAUGAAAUUAAGCGAACAGUUGACAGACGUUGAG